CCGCACUCCGCGCGCAGUCGGACUGCCACCUCGCGCCGGCUGGACCUCCCGCGUGCCCAGUCAGCGCGCUGUGUCGAUCGCAGCGCCGAGAAGGCGAGUGUCCGUGUCGAGUGGUGUGGAGCGAGCGAAGGGUGCCGGGGAGGGGGGCUGGACAGGUGUGAACGACAAGCCUCGAUCUUAUCUUUUGCAUGGAUGGAUAAGGAGAAAAGGGAUCUGCGGUGCGAAGCUGGCUUCUCUUUUCCUCCGGUUUGAACGUAUUUCAUCUGUCGAGACUCUUCAUCAGCCCUGGAUCCGAACGAUUCGCCGGACGUCCCGGCCGACCCCCCCGAGGCCCCAGAGGCGAUGACCCUGGAACCGUGCGGCAGCGGCCUGCGGGCGGACAUGCCCCCCGACGCCUCAGACGACAGGACAGAGGAGGAGGGUGCGGGGGCGGAGGACGGAGGCGAGGGGGCGGAGCAGGAGGGGGCGGAAACGGAGAGGGAGCGCAGCGCAGACGGGGCUUCGCAGGCAGACGGCGAGCUGCGUGCGCAGUCGCAGGAGCCGAUGCCGGAGAGCCCCGAGGAUGAUGGGAACGGGCCGGGCCUCGGACCGGACCGAGACAGCACCCCCCACGAGGAGAGCCAGGACACGGGAAUGGACACACAGGACCUGCGGGACACAGAAAGGUGUGCUCGGCUAAUCUAA